UUGAACAAUAGUCACGUGACUUCAAUCAUAUGCAUUCUUUCUUCAACUCAACCACUCUAAAUAACAGCAUUUAAAAAAUCUAUCACACAACUACCAGGAAAUUUCUUUUAUCACCACCAUCAUAGCACCUAAAUUAAGGUUCUUGGUUCAACAUGACCAACAACUUCUUGCCUUCAAGACCGCAGUUCGGAUUCACCAUCAAUUGUAAGUGUUUCUCAAAAAUCACUCAUUGAUUUUUACCUUGUUAAAAGAAAAAAGUCGCAAAAAAUAAAAUAAAAUAAUAAUAAGGAAGUCCCAAUUUCUUAAAUUUCUCCCAACUUUGGGAAUAUCUUAAAUUCUACAAAUAAGCACUGCAUUUAAAGAAGUACUGACAAGAACAAAAAAAAUUACACAAAGCAAGAAGCUUUUUUUUUUCUCGGGCACAAUAAACCUGUAUUGCAGUCCAUAUUUACUUAUAUUUAUGUCCUGUGGCAUAAGCACUAAGUAGCAUUUAAUUUGGUAAGUUGGUCUGACUUUGAAUUAUUAUUAAUUCUUUCCUCUUGCAGAAUUUUAUUUUAAUUCUUCAAUAUCCAAGCAGGUUGCAAGAGUGUUUGCCACUAAUCCAAAUAAAGUCUGAACCACAGCUAAAAGAAAAGGAGGAAAAAAGAAGCAUCCAAUGUUGAAAUUACAAGUUAGAACAGCAUAGACUUGUGGAUUAAUUAGGACAACAAACAGUUAUGACAUGAUCAGAUGACUACUAUAAAGAGAAAGUUUGCUAAAUUAUAUAACAAUGCCUUUGAGAAAAUCAAGAUCGAGUGCUGUUGAGAAAGCCUUGUCUCCUGAAGAACAGCAAGCAAAGAUAAAUGAAGUUCGAAGGAUGAUUGGUCCAUUGUCGGAAGCACUGCCAGACUUCUGUUCAGAUGCUUCAAUAUCAAGGUACCUCCGGUCAAGAAACUGGAAUGCAGAAAAGGCAAGUAAAAUGCUGAAAGAGACUGUGAAAUGGAGAUUGAAAUACAAGCCAGAAGCCAUUCGCUGGGAAGAUGUUGCCCAUGAAGCUGCUACUGGAAAGAUUUACCGGGCUGAUUACUCUGACAAAUAUGGAAGAUCUGUUCUUGUUAUGAGGCCUGGAUUUCAGAAGGAAGGGAAGCUCUCGUCAACUGAGUCUGCAGUGAGGAAGGCAGAGGAUGUGGUGAGCAGCAUGCUGGCCAAGGGUUUUGUCCUGAGCAAGGAUGCCCUCAAGAGAGCUAUGUCCUUUGACGAACGACACUAUUUUAUGUCCUCAGCUAUGGCUUUAGUCCUCUGGAGGAUCUCACUGGAAUUAUUGGGCAAUCAUCAUCCUCUUCUACCUCUACAAGUCAAGCUCCAGAGCUGUACUCGCGUGAAGACCUUCUAGGUAUUUUUGAGCACUAAAAGAAAAAAUGGCAAGAGAAGGUUCUUCAAAAGAUGAGAGAAGAGAUUGGCUUUGGACCAUGGCGGCAGAACGGGGGGUAAUGGUGAUUCUGGUUCUGCUGAUCAUGCUUCAUUAUAAUUUCUUUUGCCUUAGAUGAUAGGUCUUUGCAUUCCUAGGAGGAAUGAAAUCUCUGUUAUGACAUACUUUUUGUAUUUUAAUUUUGAUGGAUUUAGGACAUGUUGAUGCCUAUUUUGAAUGACAUGUUAAAAAACUUGUGUAAUGUUGAAUGCCUUUGCUAUUAAUGAUAUUAUUAUUAUUAUUAUGAGCCAA